CUCUUCCUCAUCAUUGAAGCUCCACAGCGAAGCUGCCCUCAGUGCCUUACCAACGCCGCUCUUACCAGAACUUCACUCCCCCCCACGCCGGAAUAAAUUAGCGUUGUGUGACAACUUGAGUAGUUUACAAACAGUUGAAGCAGCGGUUUGUUGGCAAAGUGCUUCUAUCAAGCAAAGUGCAGCGCGCCGGACAGUUGCUCCGUAGUGUGUCUCAGGGUGACGCAAUCCGUGCAGAGGAUGUCCACGAGAGCCUCUCGUUCGUUUAGGCUGGCGGCUUUAUCAUGAUGGCAACUCUUUCACAGACAAAGGAACUAUUCCGCAGAGCAGACGCGGUCUGUUUCGAUGUGGACAGCACAAUCAUCAAAGAAGAAGGCAUAGAUGAACUUGCCAAAUUCUGCGGUGUGGGGGAUGCAGUCACUGAAAUGACUCGAAAAGCUAUGGGCGGCUCGGUGACGUUUAAGACGGCCUUGAAUGAGCGCCUUUCCAUCAUCCGGUGUUCCAGGGAACAAGUGAACAAACUGAUCACGGAUCACCCACCUCAGCUGACUCCAGGUAUCAGGGAGCUCGUGGAGCGCCUGCACCAGCGGAACAUCAAGGUGUUCCUCAUCUCGGGCGGUUUCCGCUGCAUCGUUGAGCACGUGGCCACGCAGCUCGACAUUCCUCUGCACCAUGUUUACGCCAACCGUCUGAAGUUUUACUUCAACGGAGAGUAUGCAGGGUUUGAUGAGAGCCAACCCACAGCGGAGACCGGCGGAAAAGGAAAAGUCAUCAAUAUGUUAAAGGAACAACACGGCUUCAAGAACGUGGUGAUGGUCGGAGACGGAGCGACCGAUCUAGAGGCGUACCCUCCGGCUAGUGCUUUCAUCGGAUUCGGUGGGAAUGUCGUCAGGCAGCAGGUGAAGGAGAAGUCUUUGUGGUACGUCACAAGUUUUGGGGAAUUGCUAAAGGAACUGGAAAAUAUUUAAAAGAGUACAGUCCCCCAUUUUUAACAUUUUUUUGUCUAUGGUUGUGCCUAUGAUAGUUUUGAUUCCUUCACGUUCUCCCUCUCUUAAAUUUUUUUUUCAAUAUAAUGAAAAAUGUUUACGUUAGACAAAUCUUACCUCCUUGACAAUGUUGCUCUAUUGACUUUUAUACUAAAAGAUACUAAAAUAACAGUGUUAUGAAUGUUUAAAAGAGCCUUUUAAUGUUUUAGUUUUUAGCUAAGCUAAUAAAACAGAUGCAUAUUAUCAUGCAAUGAGCAAUAGAAAUGUUUGAUUUCUAUAUGUCUACUAGACAUGUCAAUGACUGUAAGGAACAUAUACAUUAAACACUACACGGGAACGCAA